GCGCUUUUCAAGACCCCCAAAGACGCUUUCACACACUCUCACAUUCACACACUGCUAGUGACGAUAAGCUACUUGUAGCUACAGCCGCCCUGGGGAGGUCUGACAGAGGUGAGGCUGCCAUUUGGUGCCGUCGGCCCCUCUGAUCACCACUAACACAGGCAAGUUGGGUGAAGUGUCUUGCCCAAGGACACAACAGCAGGAUACCCCUGGUGGGAGCUGUAAUCGAACCCAUGACCCUCCGAUCAUGAGGCAACCCGCUCUACCACCUGAGCUACUGCUGCCCCAAAUCACAGGAGAUGUCCAGACUUUGGAAGCCUGUUAAUCGUGUUAAUAAGAGAAGGGCAUUUAAUUUGCUUUAACAACAUAUUUACGCAGAUAGGACUUUACAAUCGCCCACAAUAUUUUGUUGAGGAUGUUUUUCUGAAACCAGGCCUGUAUGACCGAUGUCACCUCGUCUUUAGAUGCACCUGCAGCCGCUGAUAUCAGAAACGGGGAUCCGCGCUGCAACCUGAACAAUUAAUCCAUUCCACAUAUUUCCAGAAGAACACAUUUGCUGAAAGAUUUGUGCAAUAAUCAGAUUUUAUUUUACUUCCUCAAAAUGCUGAUUUUACAUUAGAUAUUAGGAGAACCGGGAAAGGCUUGCCAUCAAAUUAAAAAUCCGUCCCUUGUUAAGUGUAAGUCAGGCUGGGCGGCUCACUGGCUGCUUCCAGGCCAUUGACUUUCAAGAGCUACCGGUAGCUCACGACCAACAUGUUGGAGACCCCUGCAAUAACACAACUCUCAUGUGUGAAUUUAAAGUUACAGCAGUCGGUAAUUCACGUUUUGUGUUUCUGUUUCCUACAGAUGUUCAACAGAUGGUGCAGGUUAAAGAAGAUCCUGAAGAACAGAGUGCUGGUGUGGACCAGCAGGACCCAGAACACCUCCACAUAAAGGAGGAAAAUGAGGAACUCUGGACCAGUCUUAAGGGAGAGCAUCUCCAUUUGAAGGAGGAGACUGAUUCUGCCAGGUUUCAAUUCAGUGCUUUUUCUAUAAAGCGUGAGGAUGAUGAAGAGAAACGUCUGGUCUCACAGCUUCAUCAGCAGCAAAUAGAAGACAGAGAUGUUCCAACCAGCAUCUCAUCUGACCAGAUGACAGCAGAAACUGGUGGAGUAUCAGGAACUAGCAGGAACCCAGAUCUGAACCCUCAUGAACAAACAUCUGAUUCUUCAGAGACUGAAAUUAGUGGAGAUGAUGAUAUGAAUCUAGACUCUGGGAUGUCAGACUCUGGGUCUGAAACUGGAGACAAAGACCAUGACUGGAAUGAGAAAACGUCUUCUGAGUCAGAUGUUAAGACGGUCAACAUAUCCUUCAACUGUCUUGAGUGCGGUGAACGACUUCAUGACAAGCAGUCUCUCCAGAAACAUGUGAGAGUAUCCAGUCAUUCAGCAAUAAGGUCUUCCAGCUUUUUGGUUAAUAAGAAAUCUGUUAGACUUAAGCAACAUGUAGACUCAUAUAGGAAAGUCCAGAAAGAACUAAAAUCAUUUAGUUGUGGUGACUGUGGAAAAAUAUUUAGAAGAAAAUCAAGUUUAAACAUUCACAUGAGAGUCCACUCAGGACAGAAACCUUUUGUCUGUGAGCGCUGUGGAAAAAGAUUUAAACAUAAGUCAACUUUAAACACUCACAUGGGAAUCCACACAGGACAGAAACAGUUUGUUUGUGAGCUCUGUGGAAAAAGAUUUACCCGUAAGUCAGGUUUAAACGAUCACAUGAGAGUCCACACACGACAGAAACCUUUUGUCUGUGAGCUCUGUAGAAAAAGAUUUACCCAAAAGUCGACUUUAAGCAUUCACAUGAGAGUCCACACAGGACAGAAACCUUUUGUCUGUAAGCUCUGUGUAAAAAGAUUUACCCAAAAGUCAGGUUUAAACAGUCACAUGACAGUCCACACAGGAGAGAAACAAUUUGUCUGUGAGCUCUGUGGAAAAAGAUUUACCCAAAAGUCAGGUUUAAACAUUCACAUGAGAGUCCACACAGAAGAAAAACAGUUUGCUUGCGAGCUCUGUGGAAAUCGAUUUACCCAUAAGUCAACAUUAAACGAUCACAUGAGAAUCCACACAGGACAGAAACCUUUUGCCUGUGAGCUUUGUGGAAAAAGAUUUACCCAAAAGUCGAAUUUAAACAUUCACAUGAGAGUCCACACAGAAGAAAAACAGUUUGCUUGCGAGCUCUGUGGAAAUCGAUUUACCCAUAAGUCAACAUUAAACGAUCACAUGAGAAUCCACACAGGACAGAAACCUUUUGCCUGUGUGCCCUGUGGAAAAAGAUUUACCCAUAAGUCAGGCUUAAACAAUCACAUGACGGUUCACACAGGAGAGAAACAAUUUGUCUGUGAGCUCUGUGGAAAAAGAUUUACCCAAAAGUCGCAUUUAAACAUUCACAUGAGAGUCCACACAGAAGAAAAACAGUUUGCUUGCAAGCUCUGUGGAAAUCGAUUUACCCAAAAGUCGACUUUAAACACUCACAUGAAAAUCCACACAGGACAGAAACCUUUUGCCUGUGAGCUCUGUGGAAAAAGAUUUACCCAUAAGUCAACUUUAAACAAGCACAUGAGUGUCCACACAGGAUAG